AUGCAUAUAAAUGAUAAAAGAAGUGAUUACUAUCAAAGAUACUCAUCAGGUCCACCACCGCAAAAUAACUACGGGUACGGCGGACCAGUAGGAGCAGGUAGUUAUAACAGCGGCGGCGGGAUAGGAAAUUACCCACCGGGAGACAUGCCACCGUCUGGACAUUAUAGAAAUAGGGGUUACCUUGGAGAUGGCGGGGGCGGUGGUGGUUAUCCGAGUGACUGGAGACCCAACAGACGCGAUUACGAUCGAAGGCCUCCACCACCAUCGAAUGCCAAUACGUAG